AUGCUAGCGUUAUAUGGAUGGAGACGACAAACUCUAUUAGGGAGCAUCGGUAAAGUUGAAGCAAAGAAAGUGGCGUACCUUAAGUUAGUGGAGAGCCUCGACGAGGAACAAAGGAGAGAAAACAGAGUAAGAUAUAAUGAAUCUAAGAAGGAGGCAAAAUUAGCGGUCACAGAGGCUAAGACUGUUGCGUUUGGUCGGUUGUAUGAGGAACUAGGGGGCAAAGGUGGGGAUAAGAAGUUAUUUCGACUGGCCAAAGUGAGGCAAAGGAAGGUUCGUGACGUAGAUCAAGUGAGGUGCAUCAAAGACGAGGAACAUAGAGUAUUGAUGGAAGAGGCUCCGAUUAAGCAAAGAUGGCAGGCGUACUUUCAUAGACUUCUGAAUGAAGAGGGGGAUGGUAACUUUGUGCUAGGGAAAUUGGGGCAGUUCAAGAGUCACCAAGACUUAAGGUACUGUAGGCGUAUUAAGGUAGAGAAGGUCAUGAGAGCUAUGCAUAAGAUGAGUCGGGUCAUAGCGACCCGACCAGACGAGAUUCCAAUUGAAUCUUGGAGGAUGAUGAGGAUGCUAGUUGAGUGGAGAUGGAGUACGAUGAUUCCACUGUACAAGAACAAAUAUGAUAUCCAAAAUUUUCUGAACGAUGAGAUGCGAGGUGGCGUUAAUGAGAGACUGGAGGUAUGGAGGCAGGACCUGGAGUCCAAAGUUCAAGUUGAGUAA